AUGGAGGACGCGGAAAUUGCAGAAGAUGCAGGCGAUGCGGCGGAGGAGGUGGUGGUUGUGGAGAUUGGAGAGAACGAGUUGAGUGCAGAGGAGGAAGAGAACGAGGAGGAUGAGGAGGUGGAUGAAGAAGAGGAGGAGGAAGAGGUUGAUGUGGAAAUUGAAGGGGAUGAGUUGCGCGUAGAAGUAGAGGACGAUGCGGUGAGUAUGGAUAUAACGGAGGAGGAGGUAGAGGAGAGCAUGCACGCGGGCGUGGCUGCAGUAGGCGCGUUUGUCGGCUGGCAUCCCGUGGAAGCGGGCGGAAGGGGCGCCUCCGCCCCGCGCGGGGCCCGCGGCGGAGCGGACGGCGCGGGGGAAAGCGCGGAGGGUUUGCGCGGGGCGGAAGGGCCCCGGACUCCCGACGGGUGGUUUGGGGAAUCGGCGCUGGUAGGCGCGCGGGAUGGGGACCGGGGGGGCGAUAGCGCGGAGGAUGGCCGCGCGGGGAGCGCAGGGGAAGGCGCGGAUGGUAGUUCGGGAAGUAGAGCAGCGGAUGGUGCAGCGGUUGGCGGAAAUGGCGCACGAGGGGAAGGGGAAGGGGAAGGGGAAGGGAGGGAAGGGAAGAAGCGAGGGGGGCGCAAGUCGGUGGGGAGGGGUAGGGUGGGGCAGGGGAGAAGGAGAACUGGGAAGGGCGCGGGAGGUUCAGCUAGGAGGGGCAUGGGAGAAGGGAGUGGAAGCACGGGCAACGAGCAGGGGCGGUCGGGGGUAGCGGAAUCGCAGGCGGGUGGGACGUUCCAGGGGAAGGAGGAGGAAAAGCAACGCACGGGCGGACGGUCGACGAAGAAAGAAGUGCGAACGAGGGGUCAGGCGCGGUUGGCAGUGGUUAUAGGGGAUGCGUUGGAUAAAGGGAGGGCUGCGGCGACAGCUGGAGCAGCAGCGAAAUUGAGGAAGGAGAGGAGGGAGAGUGCGAAGAGGGGGGACAGGGCGGAGAGGGCGGAGAGGGCGGAGAGGGCGGAGAGGAGAGGCAAGGCUAAGGCUCGAGAUGUCUUGUGGGUGAAACGACAGAGCUUAGAACGAGGGGGUAAGGCCGGUGCAAACACAGGGGCGAAAGCAGGGGCGAAAGGAGGGGCGAAAGGAGGGGCGAAAGCAGGGCCGCAAGCAGGGGCGAAAUCAGGGGCGCAAGCAGGGCCGCAAGCAGGGGCGACUCCUGAGUUUAUGAAAAUGCGUUUGAGAAAGGGGCAGAGAGGAGGGAAGGGGCGCAGAGGAGGGGUGAGGGGCGCAGGGCGCGGGGAGGAAGAGGCUGAUCCGUCUGGUAGUGCGAGUCCUGAUGUGGUGGAGGUGCCUCUGGUGGAGGUGCCUCUGGUGGAGGUGCCUCUGGUGGAGGUGCCUCUGGUGGAGGUGCCUCUGGUGCAGGUGCCUCUGAUGGAGCAUGGGGUGCCCAUGGUGGGGCAUGGGGUGGAGGUAGAGCAGGGUAGGCCAUGUGGUGGGGCUUUUCCUGACGCGCCUCAGAAGGAAAGGCUUAGGCCGUGUGUUGGGGCCUUUUCUGAGGGUUCUCAGAAGGGAAGGCUUAGGCCGUGUGGUGGGACUGUGCGGGAAGGAAGGAAGCGGAAGCGGGCAGAUGCGAGGGUGGAAGAAGCGGAGAGCGCGGGUGGGGGGUUGGCAGACGAGGAGGACGGAGCAUGUAGAGGCGUGGACGCAUGGGAUGAGUCUCCGUUGAAUAGUUCUCCGCGUGAGGCUGCUUGGGCGUCAGUCACAGCUGGGAGAGCAGUGGGAGCAGAGGAAACAGUGAGGGGGGAAGUGGGAGCAGUGGGUGUAGUGAGGGCAGUGAGAGCACUAAGGGCAGUGAGAGAAGUGAGUACAGGGACUGGAUCUGCAGCAGCAGCAACUGCUGCUGCUGCAUUUGGCAGUCCCAUUGAUGUGGCUUCGCCUGAUAAUGUCACACGGUCUGCCAAUGCUGCCAGUGCUGCCACUGCCGCCACUGCUGCUGGUGACAUCACUGGUGCCACUGCUGCCAAUGCGACCAAUGCACCAUCCCUUAGUGCGAAUGCUACUCCCGACUCGCCACUACCCGCAACACCUCCCCCUGCUUCCUCACGUCACCAACGCUCCACUGCUGCCGGUGCUACCACUGCUGCCAACGCUACCAACGCUACCAACACAGCCAAUGCACCAUCCCCCAGCGUGCCAGCUCCUUCCACCUCGCCACUACCUGCCACACCUCCCCGUGCCUCCUCGCGUCACCAACGCUCCACUACUGCUGGUGCUACCACCGCUGCCAAUGCUACCAACGCUACCAACACGGCCAAUGCACCAUCCCCCAGUGUUGCUGCUCCUUCCACCUCGCCUCUACCUGCCACACCUCCCCGUGCCUCCUCGCGCCACCAACGCUCCACUACUGCUGGUGCUACCACCGCUGCCAAUGCUACCAACGCUACCAACACGGCCAAUGCACCAUCCCCCAACCCCACACCGAUGGCUCUCGCAUUGUCAAUGUGGAGUACUCCCGGAGUGGUGCGAAUCCCCUCCAACUCUCCUUUCCACCAACCCCAGCACCCUCACCAACCCCUGCAUUCUCCUCCCCACCAACACCCCCUCGUUCUCCUUCCUGUCAUCCUCCUCAAUCUCUUUCCAUCCCUUUCCAUCCCUUUCCUUACACUCUAUCUCGCGGCCCCCUGCUCCCCUGCCAAAGCACAUUUCUAUUUAGGGUCGCCCGCGCUUCCCUCUUCUGGCCUACUGGAAGCACGAGAGGAUUUUCAGCCCUGUGGUGUGGGGAGAGCAGUGGGUACUGAAUCGGCCCUAAAGUCGCCUAGGGGGAGGAGGGGUUCUGGGCGAGGGGGGGAUGAGGCGGAUGAUCUGGGUGCUACGGCUGGAAGGACAGGUGUGGGGAGAGUUGUGGCUGCUGAAUUGGCCUUAAUGUCGCCUAGGGGGAAGGGAAGGGGGGGUCGGGGGGGGGUUGAGACAGCGGGUGUGUCUGCUUCGGCUGGAGUGACAGGUGUGGAGAGAGCAGUGGCUGCUGAAUCGGCCCGGAAGUCGCCUAGAGGGAGGGGGAGGAGUGCUCAAGGGGAAGGGGGGGUUGAGGUGGAGAGUCUGGGGAGAGCUGUGGCUGUUGAAUCGGCUCUGAAGUCGCCUAGAGGGAGGGGGAGGUGUGCCCAAGUUGGGGUUGAAGCGGACGUGGCGGGAGGAAGAACUGUGCCUGGUAGGGCUGCCAAGGCUGCUGCUCUGGCUCGGAUAUUCCGAACCUCGAGAACAGGGCAGAAGGGGAGAGUGGAUGUGGGUGCGGAGAAGGGAAGAGUGGUGGAGAAUGCGGAGGAAGGGAGAGUGGAGAGGGUUGGAGGGGGGGGUGACGGAUUGGAUGGGAGUGGGGGAGGGGCGAGACAGCAAGAAGAGGGGGAAAGCAUGGGAAAAGGGAAUGGGGAAGCGAAGGGGAAGGCGAAGGGGAAGGCGAAGGGGAAGGCGAAGGGGAAAGCGAUGGGGAAAGAAAGUGGUCUCAAGAGGAAAAGAGAGGAGGUACAGGAAAUGGAAAGGAGGAGUGUUAGAGUGACCAGAUCGAUGGCUAGGAUUGCUCGAGGGGAUAGUGGGGAAGUGGGGAAAGGUGGGGGGAAGGGGAAGUGGCUGGGGAAGGGGAAGGGGGAAGGGAAGGGGAAGGGGGAAGGGAAGGGGAAGGAGGUGGGGAAGGGGAAGGAUGAUUGUCAUAUGUCCCCAUCCCCAUCCGCUGUUCCGCCAUCUUCACCCCACAAUCCCUCAUCCCCACCCCACAAUGACAAUCCGCCAUCCCCAUCCCACGACCCCCAAUGCCUUGCCCUGGUCCCAGCGCCCCCCCCACCCUCCCCUCCUCCCUCUGUCAACAUCUCCGAAUCUACUCGCAAUCGCUUCUCUGCUUCAACCUCUGCCUCUGCUUCUGCCACUGCGGCUGCCGCUGCCGCUGCUGGUAACCCUAUGGCUUCACCGUCACACGCCGCUAGGAACCGGCCUAAUCAGGAUCAGAACCACCGCGGGCAGAACCACCCCUCUCAAGACGAACCCCCUGAAAGCCCCGCCUCUGCUCCUGCUUUCGCUCCUGCUGCCGCUCCUGCACUGGAUCACAUGGGGUGGACGGCGGGUCAAGUGAGAGCGUUUCACGAGGCCAUGAGUGCAGUGAAUCCGCAUGCAGAGGGGUUCUGGGCGCGGGUGGCCCUGUGGGUGCCUGGAAAGACCGCGACUGAGUGCUUUGACCGGCAUCAUGAGCAGUUUCCCACGCCGCCGAGACGGAGGGAGAGGCAGAGGCGGUUGAUUGGAGGGGGUGGGAGGGGGGAGGAGGAGGGGCAGCAGGAGGAGCAGGGGCAGGAGCAGCAGCAGCGAGGGGUGCCGGUUGGGGAGUCAUCCCAUGCUGCGUUUGUUGCUGCUUGUGUGGGGAUUGGGCCUCGGGGAGGUACGUGGGACGACGUGCCAUACCCUUGCUGGGUGCCCCCUGUGUUGACGUUUGAGUCGACUCAUAAUUUGAAGGCGGCACUGAUGGUGGCUGCACACAGGAGGAUGCAAGACAAGUGUGUCUUCCAGGUAACACAGGCAGAUCAGCACCUCUCCGCCUUGCCCUCACUGCUAGAAGUCCCCACCAUCCCCCAUUCCCCCAUCUCCCCGUCCCACACGCAACAGGCGGCAGUGGUAGCAGUGCAGUGCCAGCACAAGGAUGACUUCGCGCAGCAUGAUGAGGAAAUCAGCACCUCCCUGUCGUACCCUCACUCACUUCUGCUAGUCCCCACCAUCGCAUUCCCCCCUCUCUCAUCCCAGGCAGUGCAAGCAGUGCAGUGCCAGCACAAGGACGACUUCACACAGCACGAUGAGGAAAUCAGCGCCAUUUCUGCUGUCGCCACCCUCUGUGUUGCCUCACCGCUCUCCACCCCAUCCCACCCUCCCUCACAGACGGUGCAAGCAGUGCAGUGGACGACUUUACGCAGCACGACGAGCAGAUCAGCGCCAUGUCUGCUGUCGCCCCCCUCUCUGCUGCUUCACCCCCUUCACCCCCCUCUCCUCUCACAGGCGGUGCAAGCAGUGCAGUGCCAGCACAAGGACGACUUCACGCAGCACGACGAGCAAAUCAGCGCCAUGUCUGCUGUCGCCCCCCGCCUCGCCCUCGCCAUGGCCUCUGCUGCUCACAAGAGGCUGUACAGCCCUGCAGCAGCAGCAGCAGGUGCUGCUGCCAUUGCCCCCGCUCCUGCUGCUGCUGGCGCCUCUGCUUCUGCUGCUGCUGCUGCUGCUGCUGCUGCUGCUGCUGCUGCUUCUAGCGCUGCUGCUUUGGGGAACGCAGAACGAGGUUCAGCUGGGGAGAGUCCGGAUGGUUCAAAACAAAAGUACUCCACGUAUGUGGACCGCAUCAUUCGGGAAAAGCAGAGCAGCAGCCUGCCACGGCUGCACAAAACAGGCGGCAGUCAGUCAAGAAAGGGGGGGCGAGGUGGAGGGAGAGGGAAUGUAAAGGGUGGGGGAACAGGAGGAGUAGGACGAGGAGUAGGAAGGGGAGGAAAGGCCGUUGGAAAAGGGAGGGGGGGAGGACGGGGAAAAGGUUUGGGGAAGGGAGGUGGAGGUCCGGGAUCAGGAGAUUCGGAAGUGAUUGGACCGGGGCUGAAUUAUCUUGCCGGUGCAUUGGGGGGCGAGAGGGAGGUGAAGGCGUUGGUGGGAGCAUAUGAGAUGCAGAAGCGGCAUCUGGAGUUGACUGCUAAGCGUGCAGAGGCACUUGCUCUUGGUGCUUCAAGGGAUGGUGGUGAUGGCGGUGGGGGGAUGAGGAGGCUGGGGUGUGGGGCAUGGGAGGUUUGUACAUGGGAUGAGGAGGAUGAGGAUGAGGAGGAGAAUGAGGAGGACGAUGAGGAGGAAGAUGGGGAGGAAGAAGAGGAGGGGUGGGUGGGACGCAUUGAGGGGGGUGGAGGCGAAGGAGAGGGUGGGGGAAUGGGAGAUGAAGGGGGAGAACGGGAGCAGUUGGAGUGUGGCGAGAGAGAUGAAGGGGAGGAUGAGGAGAAUGAAACGGAGGAAGCGGAGCUGGAAGAGGAGGAAGAGGAUUGA